CGGCUCCCACGCCACGGGAAACAUGUCAGGAACGUGUUAUCAGUCUCGGCCUCUGAAAAGAACAAGAAGUUACCGAGAAAACUUCUCUACUGCAUCCAUAGUUCCGCCGAAGGUGGGAUGGGGGGAGGUAGCUGGGGCGUCCGUCUUCCAUCGGCACAAGAUCCGUUCCCGAGCGCCGUCUCGUCAGAUCGGAUUUUCUUUUUCUUCUUUUUUUUUCUUUUCCUUUUCAGCUGCGGAAAUACUCCGACACACGUUCGAUCUGGUGUUGAUAACAUGCCACGAUCCUUGCUAGUGAUCAAGUCUGCAAACCGCAUAAAGGAGGCCGUCUUUGCUGGUCGAUCAUGCACCGUGUGCCUGGCGUCCGUGUCUAUGAUUUACCUACGUGUAAUUCGUCAACCUUCCCCUGACCUUCUCCAAAGUCCCCUCCCCCCCCCCGACCAGGGUCGGCUUAUCGCAGCAAUGCUUUCACGUCACUCAAGAGCGGCCGCGCAGCAACGAUGUUUUUUUAUGGCUUAAGUGGCGACGGAGGUAACUGGCGCACGAUAGUCUCGCAGCGUCGCACCUCUAGUCGAGCCUAAGACCGAAUAGGCGCACCAACUACAAAGCACUCACAGAGAUCGUAUUGGAAACUGAUCGGCGCUGUUGCAUUAGUGUGCCAGACUGAGGGGGGGUCUGGCUGGUAACCCGGGUCCUGGCGUUUACUUUUCCUGCUCGUGACGAUAGCCCAGGUGAACGGCGGAGCAGAAACGGGGGCGACAGCACCACCGAAAGGGGGUUC